AUGGGGCUGCUGAGCAGCAAGAGGCAGGUCGGUAGCGAGAAAGGCAAGGGCUGGAGCCCCGUGAAGGUCCACGCCCAGAGCAAGGCUCCCCCACCCCUGCCACCCCUGAUUGUCUUCAACCACCUCGCCCCUCCGUCUCUGAACCAGCAACCAGAUCAAGAGGAGCAUUUUGUGGUGGCCCUGUUUGACUACGCGGCCGUGAAUGACAGGGACCUGCAGGUGCUGAAGGGGGAGAAACUCCAGGUCUUGAAGAGCGCUGGAGACUGGUGGUUGGCCAGGUCACUCAUCACCGGAAGAGAAGGCUAUGUGCCCAGCAACUUUGUGGCCCCAGUGGAAACUCUGGAAGUAGAAAAAUGGUUCUUCAGGACCAUCAGCCGGAAGGAUGCCGAGAGGCAGCUGCUGGCUCCCAUGAACAAGGCUGGCGCCUUCCUCAUCAGAGAGAGUGAGAGCAAUAAAGGUGCCUUCUCCCUGUCUGUGAAGGAUGUCACCACCCAGGGUGAGAUGGUCAAGCACUAUAAGAUCCGCUCACUGGACGACGGUGGCUAUUACAUCUCCCCACGGAUCACCUUCCCCACCCUCCAGGCCCUGGUGGAGCAUUAUUCCAAGAAGGGAGAUGGUUUGUGCCAGAGACUGACCCUGCCCUGUGUGAGCCCAGCCCCGAAGAACCCCUGGGCGCAGGAUGAGUGGGAAAUCCCCCGGCAGUCUCUUAAGCUGGUCCGGAAACUUGGGUCUGGGCAGUUUGGAGAAGUCUGGAUGGGUUAUUACAAAAACAAUUUGAAGGUGGCCGUCAAGACCCUGAAGGAGGGAACCAUGUCUCCGGAAGCUUUCCUGGGCGAGGCCAACAUGAUGAAAACCCUGCAGCAUGAGAGGCUGGUCCGUCUCUACGCCGUGGUCACCAGAGAGCCCAUCUACAUUGUCACGGAGUACAUGGCCAGAGGAUGCUUGCUGGAUUUUCUGAAGACCGAUGAAGGUAGCAGAUUGUCCCUUCCAAGGCUGAUUGACAUGUCAGCCCAGAUCGCAGAAGGGAUGGCUUACAUUGAACGCAUGAAUUCCAUCCACCGUGACCUGCGGGCAGCCAACAUCCUGGUGUCUGAGAGCCUGGGCUGCAAAAUCGCUGACUUCGGCUUGGCCAGGAUCAUCGACAGUGAAUACACUGCCCAAGAGGGGGCCAAGUUCCCCAUCAAGUGGACUGCCCCAGAGGCCAUCCACUUCGGGGUGUUCACCAUCAAGGCUGAUGUAUGGUCCUUCGGAGUCCUGCUGAUGGAGAUCAUCACAUAUGGACGUGUUCCCUACCCGGGAAUGAGCAACCCCGAGGUCAUCCGAAGCCUAGAGCAUGGCUAUCGCAUGCCGUGCCCGGAGGCGUGUCCACCAGAGUUGUACCGUGACAUCAUCACUGAGUGCUGGCGGAGCCGGCCAGAGGAGCGACCCACCUUUGAGUUUCUGCAGUCGGUGCUGGAAGACUUCUACACUGCCACGGAGGGCCAGUAUGAGCUGCAGCCCUAGCCACCCGUGGGCUCUGCGGGGCUCCCUCCCGAGCCUCCUGCUGGACGCUUACUUCGGGUUAACAUGCUCACACCUGGCUCUUCCUCCAGCCCAGACAGGUUGUGGAAUGACAUACCUACUUCUCCGUUGAGGGAACCAGGGGACAAAGGUGGCUUCACGGUAGGGCACGGACUCUCGAGGCAGAGCCUCGGUCCACCCUUCACUGACUGUGUGCCCUUGGGCAAGAUACCGAGCUGCUCUGUGUCUCCUGCUCCUCGCAUGUAAAACAAGGAAGGGUUGUAUUAGAACUUACCUCCAACUGUGUUCGGACCUGGGAGGGUGCUGAGAGCGGAGUCUGAACUGUUGGUGAUGGGCAGUGUGUAAGGCAGUCCUUACCUAGAGGGGGACUGAUGGCAGGUGGCCAGAGCUCCUACCCCUCUGACCUCCAGAGCCUCAAUAGCAAGGGUCUCCCUGUCUGCUGCUGCAGAACC